ACUAGUUGACAUGUAACGAUCUAAAGUUUGCCUGGAUUUCCCCAUCUUUUUAAAUACAUUCUUUUUCUUCUUUUACUAAAACUACCCCUCUAUUUAUAAUUGUUGUAAUUAAGGUCUUGAGCAUGCUCAUAUCACUGAAUCCUACAAGUAGAUCAACGUAUAGAACAUGAAGGUGUUAGGAGCAUCAAGCCUUUGUAGGCACACCCCUGGCAAUGUUAGCUGCUCAGUGUAGUAAACUUAGCAAUAAAACAGCUCAAACAUUGACAGAGACCAACUCAGGUAAAUCCUUCCUGCCAUGGAGCAAACAUUUGUCUAGUGCAUCUAUUCAUCAACACAUGGCUCCACAGAGAUGUUUAAACCAUUCCAGUUUAGGCAUGUCCAACGCAGUGUCCUGUCCAACAUCAUCAUCUAUUGUCUCCACGUCUCCUCAGGUUUCCUAUUCCAAUGACUUGUUUUAUAGCGGGGCUACGUCUCAUGGGACAACUCAAUCAUCAGAACUAGCCCAGUCUGCUUUGUUUCAUAAGAUGCACUCAGACAACGGACAUCCUACAGGAUUUACUCCAAUUUAUCCCCGCGUGCCUUCUGUAUCCAAUGCUUAUGACACAUCAUGGCCUUUUGCUGCAACCCACGCUGGUUCUACUCAUGGAAUAAAAUCAAGUGGAUUAUCACACAGCUCCAGUGGAGGUGCUGCCUCAUGGUGGGACAUUCAUUCCACCACUAUGCACACAUCAGGAAGUAAUUGGUUGACAGACUCACAUAGCCAGCUUCCAUAUUCUUCCACUGACUACUUGGGUCACACAUUAUCACCAAAUACUGGUCUGCUUCCAACACAGCACGGUCUGAUCCAAGCGUCUCACCAGGACAUAAGCAAUAGUACUGUUACAACAUUUUUACACAGACCAGGACUCAACAGCCCGAGAUCUUCACGAAGGUACACUGGCAGAGCUACUUGUGAUUGCCCAAACUGUCAUGAAAUAGACCGACUAGGUCCGGCCGGAGAACAUUUAAGAAAACGUAACAUUCAUUCUUGUCACAUUCCCGGAUGUGGGAAAGUCUAUAACAAAACAUCGCAUCUCAAAGCACAUCUUCGGUGGCAUACUGGCGAAAGACCUUUUGUUUGUAAUUGGUUAUUUUGUGCUAAAAGGUUCACACGGUCUGAUGAAUUACAGAGACAUUUGAGAACUCACACUGGAGAAAAAAGAUUUGCAUGCCCUAAAUGUAACAAAAGAUUUAUGCGUAGUGAUCACCUCAGUAAACAUCUUAAAACACAUACACAGAGUGAAAAGAAAGAUGACGACUUUAGUGACGAGGUAAAUGACAAGAGAAGCUGAAAUGUUAUUUUCACAGUAACCCUGGACUUAGGACUUAGCCACUUGUGUGCUGACUUAUGCUCGGUUCAAACGAAACUCGGGCAAGCUUGUGAAAUUUUAUUGCAACUCUGGACAUUGUAAAUAGUUUCUAUUGUGAUGAGUUUCUAUGAAAACCUACUCAAUUCUGUUACAUAAUUAACAAAGAAUUAAAGUUGACAGCUGGAAAUGAAA